UUGUUUAACUAGCUCUCUUGUACCCGGCCUUUGUUCGGUGAACCGACUCUUCAUAUUUGUGCCAAUUUGGUUGAUUUGGGCUCUAACGGCAUAGAGAAAGAAGCUUAAGCCACAGUCUGAACUAGGGACGCCUUGUUACUCACAAACUGGAAGCGACAACAGUAAAUACACAAGCAACGAAAUGGAGGCAAGUAAGGCGGCAGGCGAUGCUCCUAAUCCAGCUCACCAAGAUGCGCCAGCGAAUGCAGGAAGGAGCGUAGCUCCCGCGCCUGAGGUGGAAGACGCUCCUGAUCCCGAUGAGGACGAUCUCGACGACUUAGACGACAUGUUGGAUGAGUUUUCCACUGUGAACAUAGACGCACAGAAACCCCCUACUUCAUCUGGAUCCGGAAUACCUGCUCCAGCUGCGCCAAUAUCUGCCCCAACGGACGCGCCGUCGAAUACGGAUAUCCCACUAGAAGGUUUGGACGAUUUGACGGAAGAGGAAUUUCAAAAGCAACUUCAGGCUGGCAUGGCAGAACUAAUGAGUGGCUUGGAAAAUUCGCCGGAUAUGCAAGCCCAAUUUGAGAACAUAUUCAAAGGUCUUGGUGAUGCAACUGCAGAAAGUUCAGGAGCCGAUUCAGAAUCACGUCCCCAAUCAUCCCAAAGAGCAGCAGCAGAUUUAAGUCAAGAUGCUUCAUUUCAGGAAACGAUUCGACGCACGAUGGCAAGGAUGCAAGAAUCUGGUGACCAAGCUACUGCUGCCGCAGCCGCAGAAGGAUCCGAGGAUGAUUUCAUCGCCGAGAUGAUGAAAGCGAUGAAGGAUCUACCAGGUGAAGGAGGUAGCGAGGAAGACUUAUCUAAAAUGCUGAUGGGUAUGAUGGAGCAACUCACUAACAAGGAGAUCCUCUACGAGCCUAUGAAAGAAUUGAAUGACAAGUUUCCCGGGUGGAUGGAGAAGAACAAGGAUACACUCGCAAAAGACGAUUUAAAACGUUAUCAAGAACAGCAAGUCUUGGUUUCUGAGAUGGUCACCAAGUUCGAAGAGUCUACAUACUCCGAUUCCAACGCGGCGGAUCGAGAGUAUAUUGUGGACAGAAUGCAGAAGAUGCAAGCAGCAGGUUCUCCUCCCCAUGACCUAGUUGGGGAUAUGCCUUCUGCCAAAGAAGUGCUUGAUGCACCUGAUGAGGCCUGUGCGCCUCAGUGACGCAAUAAAUACACGAAGGACUAUUGAUCCUCAUUUGCAUAUACACGCCUGGAAAAUGU